AUGCCAGUUGUAGCCGACUUUGCCUCUGAAGUCAGUCCUGUCCGUCAUCGCUCUCGAAAGUCUAACCCCAAUCGCUCCAUUCAACGCAUUUCUACUGGUGCACAGCCAGCUCUGUCAAGCAAUAAUAUAGGCAUGGGUGCAUUCCAGACAAACAACAGUAUAUCCACUCAUAUUGGUAUAGAAACUCAUUGGGGAGCGCCGUCGCAUGGUGGCCUUCCUAUAUCCCCACCCCCGUCGUCAAGUUCAUCUGCAUCGUCGUCUGCAUCCCAACCCUCGUCUUUAGCAUACAAAUUCAUGCCAUCAAACCGUGUUUCUCCACAAGGAGUCAUCAAACUGGAUGUAUAUGCUGCAUUUUUAGACAAUCCAGCUGCGCUGUUGUACGAUCGUUCUAACCAUGCUCUCGAGGCCAAUACUCGAUCCAUUCCAGAUACAAACCAUUGCGUUUUGGAUACGAUCGGAGCUGGAAUGAAAACUACCAGCACAGCCACUAGCCAUAGUGUUCGUAGUAUCAAAUGCAUUGCUACUGAUAAUCGUCGUAGUAAAGUGGCCAAGCUACUAAGACGAGGUGGACCGACUGCAAUUCAUACAUCUAGACUUUCUUCUACUUUGAAAGCAAUUUCUCCAAAGACCCCUAUCGGUCAUACUGGUAUUGCAAAACAUGGCGGAACGCUUUCAUGCAUUCCCAUGCGUCAGAGUGCCAGUGCUGGCUACACCUGUGCAUCUCCAGCUAGCUUACCAUGCACGGGUGAACCGCACACUUGGCAGCGAUUCAAACUUCAGCGGUUGUUGUCCCAGCCAACUAAUAAUGAACAAUCUAGUACUCGUAUUGCCGAUACUGUAUACCCCACUUCUGAUGCUAAACCUCUCCAUAUUCAAAACGCACAUGAUAUAUCUAUUCAAUCCACUAUUACAAGCUCCAACCCACAAACAGGGUCGCUUGCAGUAGCAACACGGGUUGCUCGCGUGUCACUGCCCAUUAUAACAAUGCCAUUGGCCAAGCGACGUGAUUCCAACCCUAGCAGUCAGGAUCAACCUUGGUUUUACACCAACCCUACAUUAGCCACCAUGUCAGAUGGUAAUCUCACACCAACAACUUUAAAUGGCAGUCAAUCUGAUUUUGGUACGGAGCAUGGUGGUGUGUAUCGAUCCACUAAGCAAUCACGAAAGGGUGGACGUCGAUGUGUAAUCAACAAGGAUCCUAUCCAAUGGAGUAAGAGUGCACCGUUGGAUAUUUCACCAACGGCUGUUGGAUAUAAUCUUCUUAAACCAGAAGAAAUUACUACGUGCUCUGUACUGCGAUUGCAGCCAGACACCUACUUGCGAAUCAAGGACAUUAUGCUGACUGCACGAGUCAAUCAAGGUGUGUUCAAGAAGCGUGAAGCUCAAAGGUGGUGCCGUAUUGAUGUAAACAAAACCGCACGUAUCUAUGACUGGUUUGUCAGAUUAGGAUGGUUGGAUGCACCUGAUUCAUAAGACAUGCUAUGUUAACAGGGGGAACUUUGUAUAUUUUCUUGGGUUCCCAAUUCAUUUCUUUCAAGUUCUACUUUUAUUUUCUAUUUGCAGUUUUUUCAAUAUCUAUCAACUGGGAGUUUUAAUGCUUGAUCAUUCCAACUAGAAUUAUGACGUCUCGUUUUAAAACUCAAUAAAUUCGAUCAUGUUUCCAUAA